AUGCAAAGACCAGGCGGCCAGGGGACGGCGUUUUCCAUCGACUCCCUGAUAGGCACUCCGCAGCCCCGGCCGGGGCACCUGCUGUACACCGGCUACCCGAUGUUCAUGCCCUACAGACCUCUGGUGAUCCCGCAAGCCUUGCCCCACUCGCCCCUGUCGUCCGGUAUACCCCCGCUGGCGCCGCUGGCGUCUUUCGCGGGGCGCCUCACCAACACCUUCUGCGCCAGUCUGGGUCAGGGGGUACCGUCCAUGGUCGCGCUCACCACGACGCUGCCAAGUUUCUCGGACGCGCCGGACAGUUUCUAUCCUCCGCAGGAGUUACCCGGAGCCAGGCUGAGCGCCGCGGAGCCGGCCGGCAGGAGGCAGGAGAGCCCCCAUUCGGAGGAGGCGCACGCCAGAGACAAAGCGUCCGAGCUGCUGAACUUCUCGGAAACUUUCCAGACCAUAUCAGGUGAGACCAAACUGUACAGCUCAGACGACGAGAAGCUGGACGUGAAGUGCGCGGAGCCGGCGUGCAGCGACCGGGAGGACAGCUGCUCGGCGGACAGCGAGAACGAGAGCUUCUCGGACGGCAACACGUGCGGCUCCCUGUCCCACAAGGGCAAACUGAAGGGCGGCGCGCAGGACGCGCUGCCGGCCGGCGGCUCGGCGGGCAAGAGCCGCCGGAGACGGACCGCCUUCACCAGCGAGCAGCUGCUGGAGCUGGAGAAGGAGUUCCACUGCAAGAAGUACCUGUCCCUCACCGAGCGCUCCCAGAUCGCGCACGCCCUCAAGCUGAGCGAGGUGCAGGUGAAGAUCUGGUUCCAGAACCGCAGGGCCAAGUGGAAACGGAUCAAGGCCGGCAACGUCAACAACCGGUCGGGGGAGCCGGUCCGAAAUCCCAAAAUCGUGGUGCCGAUCCCCGUGCACGUCAACCGGUUUGCCGUGAGGAGUCAGCACCAACAGAUCGAGCAGGGGAGCAGGCCGUGAACUGAACGAUGGGAACGAGAGAACGGAGGAGGGGGAAAACAAAACAAAACAAAACAAACACUGUUGACGUUGGUGGGUUUUGCUGAACGCAUGACGCGACACAAGCGCGCGCGCAGACACGGAGGAUGUGUUUCUUUUUUCUUGUGUUUCUUUAUUUUGGGCCGCUGAGAGGUUGAGCUGGAGCGGAAGCAGAGCCUC